AUGGCCCCCCAAAAACUCCAAAUCGCCUGCGCCGGCCUCGGCCGCAUGGGCAAACGACACGCCCUCCACUUCCUCAACCGCACCCCCCGCGCCCAACUCGUCGCAGCCAGCACUCCCGACGAGACGGAGAUCCAGUGGGCAAAGCAGCACCUGGAGCCGUGGGGAGUGAGGAUCUAUUCCGACUACGACGAGAUGUUGAAGCAGGAGGGGUUGCAGGCGGUGGUGAUUGCGAGCGUGACGACGGUGCAUGCUGAGCAGGCGAUUAAGGCCAUUGAGGCGAACCUGCAUGUUUUGUGCGAGAAGCCGCUUUCGACGUCGCCGGAGAUUUCUCAAACCGUCGUCGACGCCGCCCAAAAGAAACCCCACCUCAAAGUAAUGUGCGGCUUCUCCCGCCGCUUCGACACCUCCUACCGCGACGCCUUCAACAAAAUGGACUCCGGGCUCAUCGGGCGGCCCUCCAUCUUCCGCUCCCAAACCUGCGACAAGCUCGACCCAUCGGGCUUCUUCGUCGCCUACGCCGAGUUCAGCGGCGGCAUAUUCGUCGACUGCUCGAUCCACGACAUCGACCUGGCGCUCUGGUUCUUCGGGCAAGACAGCCGCGUCAAGAGCGUAGUCAGCAGCGGCAUCACCGCCGUGCAGCCGGAACUUCGCAAACAUAAGGAUGUGGAUAAUGCGGUGGGCAUUGUGGAGUUCUAUGGUGGCCAGAUCGCGUAUCUGUUUUGCUCGCGGAUGAUGGCGGCGGGGCAGGAUGACGCCACGGAGAUUAUUGGCACGGGGGGGAAGCUGCAGGUUAAUGCGCAGCCGAUGAGUAACCUGGUGAAUAUCUAUGAGGCUGGGGGCAUCAAGAGGGAGAUCCCUGGGGAUUACUAUGGACGGUUUGAGCAGGCUUUUGUUACUGAGGCGAAUGAGUUUACGGCUUGUUGUUUGGAUAAUGCGAAGUUGCCGAUGAAGUUGAGUGGGGCGGUGCAGGCGGUUAAGAUUGGCUGUGCGUUGCAGGAGAGUUUGAAUUCGGGAAAGAAGAUUAACUUUGAUGAGACGGGGAGGAGGAUUGAGGUUGCUGUGCUUUGA